CAGGUGACUGAUGGAAUAACCCUGGGAAACCGAUAAGCUUUUCUCAAUGAAAAGGACUUGGUGGAGUAAUGCCUGGAUAUCAAGAGGGUUGGGCCUUAUCUCGUAGCCGGUGUCAUUAACCCAGGCAGUACCAAGCUACCAAGGACUGCAGAGGUAAUCAGCCCUACACUACAUGUGUCCCUGCACACUGCCAACUCACACCUGCAGAGCUGGAGAGAGGCCAAAGCAGAGCGGGGGCAUUGACCUACAAGUUAAGUCCUCAAGUUUUUUUUUUUUUUUUUAAAUACAUGUAUCUUAUUGUAGCUGUAGAACAACACUGGAAUUUCGAAAUGUUAAUUUGGUGUCGUAAAACUGCCCAAUCCAGUUUUUAUUUCAAUUUUAUAUUUAUUGAUUCGUAGCUAGGAUUUUAGAAAUACUGAGAUCAUUAGUACCCCCAAACACAACCCUCAGAAUAUUUGGCCAGAGACCAAUUUUUAAAUAUUUGGAUUUUUAAAUUUGUAUUUAUUUAUUAUUUAUCUAAGUGUUCAUUUAUAUUUUAUGUAGUUUUUCUUUUACUAAGUCUAACUGUAGCCGUGCUCUUGAAGGAGUGAGUGAGGCUAUACUUAGACACAGUGUUGCUUUGAGCUUAAUGCUAACAUGAUCAUGCUAAUGUCCUCACAGUGAUAAUGUUAGGAUACUGAUGUGAAGCAGGUGUAACAUUUACAAUGUUCACUAUCUUAGUUUAGCGGGUUGACAUGCAAAAACUUGCUAAUUAAAGUAAAAAAGUUAAGGGAUCAAAGUUUUUACAAUUCAACCAGCGGCACAUGAGUCACAAAUUUAAUCGCAAUCCAUCAGAGACAUUUCACAAAAAACAACAUCAACAUCAUAGUGGCCCUAAAGGAAAGUUCAGGGGAUCACCAAAGUCAGUAGGAUACAUCCUCUGGGGACUGUGAAUCUCUGUAUAAAAUAUCAUGGCAAUCCAUCCAAUAGUUGUUGAAAUAUUUCCAUCCGGACAAAUGGGGUGGACCGACAGAUGGCAAAAUUCAAAAUUGUAGAAGAAUUCCAGCAAAAGCUGAAGUGUUUGUUGUUUUGCACAACUGAUGAAAAGAUGGAUUGUUGCUAUGACUGUGAAAGUUGUCAGUGUACUUAAAAACCCAUUGCUCUGACUGCAUUUCCCAUUUGCAGGUCCUAAGUUGCUGUUAUGCUAUAUUUCUUACAGGGGUAGUAACAUUUGAAGUAAUAAAAAAAAAAAAAAAAAAAUGCUAUAAUUUUAGAUACAUUCACAUCCAGCUCACUUGGUCAUGAGGCUGAUUAAAGUGUCAGUAGCUGAUAGAUAGAUAGAUAGAUAGAUAGAUAGAUAGAUAGAUAGAUAGUCAGUCAAGGAAGCACAUUCAGUUUCUUUUUAUGUUUCAAACUUAAAGCUGUAAGAUAACUUUUUUUUAUUAUUAUUACAAAACAAUCAAAGUUGUCCAAGAAAAUUCAAGGAAUUCCUGUUUAUGGUGUCUGUAACAGGCGGUUUCAUGUUCCACUUGUCAUUUAAAUAAGUUUACCCUAAUUUGUUAUCUUCCGGGUGCCUGGCACUGAGGUUCGAGACUGAUAAGCAAAUUGCUUUAUUAUUGUCACAAAUAAACAAACCACAUUUUCAGUGACACUUUUGGACAUUUAGCACCAUGAACCAGCUAAAACAUUUACCACAUUGUAAAGCGACAGGUGACACAAUUCAUAACAUAUUUUACUCUUUACUUUUGUCGGGACACCUGCUGCACAAUCCAAGAAGCCUGAAACCAUCAUAGGAUGGGAGCCGUGAACCGCAGAGCAGUGGAGUCAAGAUGAUGGGUCAUUCCCGUAUAAAACAAAGUACGAGCAGCGGCACCGGGUGUCCUUAACAGACUGUUUCACAGAGGCGGACCUCAAAAGCUUAUCGGAGCUGAAUCCACCCGCUCUGAUGCAGAAUGGGAAUGUGGGCACACCGACAAAAGUGUUCCUACAGCUCAUCCAGUCCUGCAGACUGCCUCCGCGCCUCAUCCGGAAGUUGGGCCUCACUUUCCCCAAGACCAGCACCAAUCGCCGCUACGGGAAUGUAUAUUUUCAAUAUCAGGACAGUUGGACACUUCCAGCCACAGAGGAGACAAUAUUAACAGCUGCUGGCCAUGAAAUAUCAGGACCAGGCACUUUGUCUGCUCCGCCCUCAAGACGGAGGCAGCCGACUGAUCACACAGAAACAACAGACACUGAUGAGCCGCAGCAGGAACAGGAGGAGGAUGAACAGUCAAAUGCAGAUGAUGAUGAUGACUGGUGUGAGGAGUGGGAGCGCCAUGAGGCUUUGCAUGAGGAUGUAACGAGCCAGGAGCGAAGCAAAGAGAGGCUGUUUGAAGAGGAGAUUGAGCUGAAGUGGGAGAAAGGCGGCUCAGGCCUUGUGUUCUACACUGAUGCCCAGUACUGGCAGGAGGAAGAAGGAGAUUUUGAUGAACAAACAGCAGACGACUGGGAUGUCGACAUGAGUGUUUACUAUGAUAAAGAUGGAGGUGACAUGGAUGCCCGUGACUAUGUCCGAAUGCGGUAUGAAAAAAGGCUGAGGGAGGGUCUUGAAGAUAGAUCUGGAAACAGUCAGUCUAUUGGCAGCUUUGAGAGGUUCACUAAGGGCUUUGGUCGUCGUUUGAUGGAAAAGCAGGGCUGGAAGGAUGGUGAAGGGUUGGGAAACAGUCAGGUUGGGAUUCCUGAAGCUCUUGAGAGUGAGGGCCAACAUCCCAAUUGCAAAAGAGGCUUUGGGUAUCAUGGAGAGAAAUUGCUUUUACAUUCUGUAAAAAAGCCCAAAAGAGAUUUUCAUAUAACUACAGUGUAUGAUAAACCCAAAGACAUAGACGGAGGUGACACGUUGCUGAGACGUCAACCAAACACAAGUAUGAAGUACAGAGGCUGGCAGCCAGGUGGCAGCAUUGGACCACGAAGAUGACUUUAAUUAAAUUAUUAUAGUUUUAUAGAUUUUUAUUUUUUUCCUCACCUGUUUAUUUGACUGUUCCAUUAAAACAAAAAUUCAAACCUU